CCAGCUGUUGCUCAACUUGAUGAUGGACGUGUCUUCGAAUCUUGAGUAAAAUGUCUCGUGACAUUCUAACGUCCCCUGGAAACGGAACGGUCUAGCCAUUUUGCUAGCUAACAAAAUGUUUGUUACUAUUUCUGUUUUAAACUAGCUAACGUUAUGCUUUUACAUAUGCUUUUGAAUCCAACAUAGACCUAGCUAGAUUAUAUUAAAUAAUGUGUUACAAAGUAAGUGACAAGCACACAGGCUACAAGAUUUGCCUACAAGAACACUGCGGCACAGAUGAGUAUUUUGACUUUUUGUAACCAACCAAAGACCAUGCCAAUAGUGUAUUGCUGUGUAGAAAGAAGCAACAUCAUCCUUGCUGAUCUUGCUCUCAGAGGUGGAAGGUUUCAGGAGGCAGCAUUGAAUUUUCUGAGACCUCUUCCGUUUGGAGCUCUGUAUCGAAGGUCCAUACAAUUGGAUGGGUUCAGAUACCACAUCCUGUCAGAGGAUGGAGUGUCCUACGUCUGUGUCACAGAGCUCAGCUAUGAGUCCAGGAGGGCCCAUGAAUUCCUUAACCAGGUCUGCAGUUUCUUUGCUAACAGCCCCCUGAUAAAGAAAGCGGCCUUUGCCCAGCCGUAUGAAUUCAGCUCUGACCUGCAUCAGGUGCUUGGACAGCUGAUGGCUGACUACAGUUCUCAACAGCCAGCCUCCUCUAAGCUGGACUCGGUGCAGGGCCAAGUCAACGAAGUCAAAGUUAUACUCAAAGACAACAUUAACAAAGUGCUGGAGAGGGGAGAGAGGUUAGAUGACUUGGUUGACAAGACACAUGACCUACAAGCAACCGCAGACUCCUUUCAGAGGACAUCCACGCGGGUAGCCCGGAAGUACUGGUGGAAGAACGUCAAGAUGAUGAUCAUCAUUGGCGUGAUAGUUCUGAUCAUUCUCAUCCUCAUCAUCCUGUUUGCUACAGGUGUCAUCCCCAGUUAAAUCCCCUCAGGCUCCUACAGUACUACAUUAUCAACACAAGGAAAAGGACGAACCACUAUCACCGAGUCAUGUUUUGAAUUUUAUUUUAGUCUCCUCCAAGGCGCAUUCAAGGUGGAUUGUGCAUAGUAACGUGACAAAUAAUCAUUUCACAUUAUGAAUUCUGUAAAUAAGCUUCCUGGAAUUUGUUUGAUUGUUUUUGGAUUAUAUGGAUCUGUUCAUUUGAUAUUUAAUAAGAUACAUUUCAUAAUGUUUGUUUGUCUAUUUAAAAAAAGAAAAAAAUACACAAUAUAAACUCAGCAAAAAAAGAAACGUCCU